UCGGUCUGCCUCCUUGUGUUCUCGGCUCUCACAGGUUGAUGAAGCGGCGGUGUCGGUCCGGAUGGAGCCGCCAGCGGGAACAGGACUUUGACCCGGUUCUGCUCACGACUUUCACUACUUUCUCACGUGAUUCUUCAUGUUUUACUACUUUUCUGCGCUUUUCGACGCUUUACGUUCCUCUUUGUGUCUCCUUGGCAACACGAUCAACUAUCGGAGCGAAGUUUGGAUCAAGUGUUGGACGCUUCGAUGGAGCCGCUGAACUAACGGAACCGAGUCCAGAACCUCCGGGAGCCUCAGUGGGCGGUUCUGACCCGGUCCAGCUGCUUUUUACCGACUUUCAUCCUCGCUGCUCGCUCACUGUGGGAACCACAGAGACAAUAGUGAGCCGCUGCUGAGCGCGUGCACAGAAGGAAGAGAGAGGGGAGGGGAGGGGAGGGGGGACAGCGGCAGCUUUGAUCCGGAUCGAUCGGCGGGUUGAUGAGUGAUUGAGGACCGAGAUGGAUGCGACCCUGUCCGAACUGCUGGCCUCCUUCAUGGAGUCCCCGCUGGUGCUGUGGGUGCGCUCGUUGGGCCCUUUGGGACCAGGUGAGGACGUGGGUCCAGAGGAGCGGGUCAGCAUGUACAUGGAGCUGGUGGACGGCGUCUUCCUGCACAAGAUCAUGACCCACAUCGACCCAAGCCCAACCAAUCAGAGGCUGAACAAGAAUGUGAACAACGAUGUGUCGCUGCGCCUUUACAACCUCACGGUUCUGACCCGACACAUCAAGACCUACUACCAGGAGGCGCUGCAGCAGCUGGUCCUGAUGCCCCUCCCCAACAUCCUCCACAUCGCCAAGGACCCCAUAUCAGUGAGAAGCAUGGAGGAGCUGAAGAACCUGCUGCUGCUAAUCCUGGGCUGCGCCGUCCAGUGUGAGCGGAAGGAGGAGAUGAUCGAGAAGAUCAAGCUGCUGGACAUCGAGACCCAGGCGGCCAUUGUUACUCACAUUCAGGAGGUCACACACAACCAGCAGAAUGUCCUGGACCUCUCCUGGGUGGAGGACGGAGCCCAGCUGGUCCCUGAGGAGCUGGAGCCGCUGUCCCGGAACAUGGCGGCGUCACUACGGCAACUCAUCGAUCAGCGAGACAAAGCUACUGAGGUAAUCUUGGACCUCACCCAGGAGAGGGACUACCUGUCCAGUCUGCAGCCCCAAGAAGGAACCAGGAAGCUGGGCGGCCAGGGAGACUCCGUUCUGAAGGACGAAGGCUUGUCUGGGAGCCAGCUGACCAAACAGGAGAAGCAGCAUCUGUCUGUGGAGCUGGCCGAUGCUAAGGCUAAACUGCGAAGAACCAGGCAGGAACUGGAGGAGAAAACGGAACAACUGAUGGAUUCAAAACACGAGGCGGAGCGUCUGGAUCAGGAGCUGCAGAAACUCAAACAAGAGAACCAGGCUCUGUCGUGCGAGGCGCGGUCGGUCCGCCUGUACCGGGACGAGGUGGACUCUCUGCGGGAGCGAGCGGCUCGAGGAGAUCGCCUGGAGGCUGAGCUGAACAGAUUCAGAGAGAAGCUGAACGACGUCCACUUCUACAAGAGCAGGGUGGAGGAGUUGCGUGAGGACAACACGACGCUGCUGGAGACCAAGGUGUUGCUGGAGGAGCAGCUGGCCGCCGCCAGGGGGCGCUGUGACAAGAUGCACACGCUGGAGAAAGACAACCUGCUGCUGCGAGCCAAAAUCCACGACCUGGAGAUGGAGCGGGACGGCGAGCGUCGGAGGCUGGAGGAGCUGGUGGAGGAGAACAUGCUGCUGGAGAUCGGUCAGAAGCAAAGCAUGAACGAGUCGGCCCAUCUGGGCUGGGAGCUGGAGCAGCUCACCAGGAAUCACGACGGCACCACCAACACUGACAGUCGGAAAUCUCUGGUCCACGAGCUCCACGAGUGCGUUUCCAGUCGAGUCCUGAAGCUGGAGAAGGAGAACCGGGAGCUGCAGGCGUCGAUGGACGUACUGAAGGAGGAGAACCACCUCCUGCAGGAGCAGCAGCUCCACAAACAGGAACUGGGGCGGGAGAACCAGAGUCUAAGCAGCAAGGUGGAGCGUCUUCAAGCAUUACUGGACCAGGAGCGACUGACCAAUCAGGACAUGGAGGCUCUGGGGGAGGAGCUUCUGAAGGAGAAACAGGGUCUGGAGCGAGAGAUGCACGCUCUGCGGGCUGACAAGGAUCGUCAGAUCUCCGAGCUGGAGAGCGAGAGGCAGCACCUGUCGGAGGCGGUGCGCCUCCUGCAGGAGCGCGCUCAGUCCAACAGCGAGGCCCGCGUCCGUGAGGUGGAGGCCCAGAACCGCCUCCUCCACCAGAGCAUCACUGACACCAGCUCCCGGAUGGCCAGUCUGGAAACACAGCUGAAGGUGGUGAGCGAGGAGGCGGAGAGGCUGAGGGAGCGCUCGGCACGCUGCGAGGAGGCAGAGAGGGAGCUGAGCCGUCUGGAGAGGAGCAGGGAGGCUCUGAACAUGGAGGUGGCGUCGCUUCGUCUCUGCAGUGAGCGCUCCGAAACUCUGGAGAGGCAGCUGACCUCCCUGGAGCAGGAGGUGCUCAGACUGAAGCGGGAGGCUGAGGAGGCCCAGAAGGAGCUGCAGCGGCUGGCUAAGCAGGAGGCAGAAAAUGGGCUGCUGUCAAAGGAGAACCUGGAGCUCCGUCGUUCCGUAGAAAGCCUGCGCUCCUCAUCCGCCCGCCUGCCCUUACUGCAGGAGGAGCUGGAGGAGGCGCAGAGAGAGGCGCAAGAAACGCAGCGGAGGCUGGAGGCGGCCAUGGAGGAGGCGCAGGGAGAGAGGAAGAGAGCAGAACGGCUGGAGCAGAACCUGUCUGUUGUGAACCAGGAGAAAUGCCACCUAAAGGAGGAGCUGGAGAGGAGCCGGGAGGAGAAGCAGGAGCUGGACACCAAGAUCAGAAAGACUCAAAGCAGGGAGGAGGAGCUGAGCCGGGAGCUGGAGGAGCUGAAAGAGGAGCGCAAGAGAAGAGAAGAGGGAGAUGAGGAGAGGAAGAAGCUCCAGCUGGAUCUGGAGCAGUCUGAGGAGAACCGCAAGAAGCUGGAGAAGGAGAACUUGAGGAUCCGAACCCUGCUGGAGGCCAAGGAGACCGAGCUGGAGGAGAAAUGGAGACGCGCCUCCGAGUCCAUGAAGGAGGCGGCGGCCCUGAGGAAGGAGCUGGAGAGACUGAAGGAGGCGUCGGUCAGAGCCAAGGAACUGGAGCGAGACAACAAGGAGCUGCAGAAGCAGGCCACCAUCGACAAGGAGACCCUGACGACACUGAGGGAGGUGAGGAUGGUUCUCCCAGAGGAGCAGGUUCUCCCAGAGGAGCAGGAUCUCCCAGAGGAGCAGGAUCUCCCAGAGGAGCAGGUUCUCCCCGAGGAGCAGGUUCUCCCCGAGGAGCAGGAUCUCCCAGAGGAGCAGGAUCUCCCAGAGGAGCAGGAUCUCCCAGAGGAGCAGGUUCUCCCCGAGGAGCAGGUUCUCCCCGAGGAGCAGGAUCUCCCAGAGGAGCAGGAUCUCCCAGAGGAGCAGGAUCUCCCAGAGGAGCAUGUUCUCCCAGAGGAGCAGGUUCUCCCUGAGGAGCAUGUUCUCCCAGAGGAGCAGGAUCUCCCAGAGGAGCAUGUUCUCCCUGAGGAGCAGGAUCUCCCAGAGGAGCAGGAUCUCCCAGAGGAGCAUGUUCUCCCUGAGGAGCAUGUUCUCCCAGAGGAGCAGGAUCUCCCAGAGGAGCAGGAUCUCCCAGAGGAGCAGGAUCUCCCAGAGGAGCAGGUUCUCCCCGAGGAGCAGGUUCUCCCCGAGGAGCAGGAUCUCCCAGAGGAGCAGGAUCUCCCAGAGGAGCAUGUUCUCCCUGAGGAGCAUGUUCUCCCAGAGGAGCAGGAUCUCCCAGAGGAGCAUGUUCUCCCUGAGGAGCAGCAUGUUCUCCCAGAGGAGCAGGUUCUCCCUGAGGAGCAGGAUCUCCCAGAGGAGCAUGUUCUCCCUGAGGAGCAUGUUCUCCCAGAGGAGCAGGAUCUCCCAGAGGAGCAUGUUCUCCCUGAGGAGCAGGUUCUCCCAGAGGAGCAGGUUCUCCCAGAGGAGCAGGAUCUCCCAGAGGAGCAGGUUCUCCCAGAGGAGCAGGUUCUCCCUGAGGAGCAGGAUCUCCCAGAGGAGCAUGUUCUCCCAGAGGAGCAGGAUCUCCCAGAGGAGCAUGUUCUCCCUGAGGAGCAUGUUCUCCCAGAGGAGCAGGAUCUCCCAGAGGAGCAGGUUCUCCCAGAGGAGCAGGUUCUCCCAGAGGAGCAGGUUCUCCCAGAGCAGCAUGUUCUCCCUGAGGAGCAUGUUCUCCCAGAGGAGCAGGAUCUCCCCGAGGAGCAGGAUCUCCCCGAGGAGCAGGUUCUCCCAGAGGAGCAGGUUCUCCCAGAGGAGCAGGUUCUCCCCGAGGAGCAGGUUCUCCCCGAGGAGCAGGUUCUCCCAGAGGAGCAGGAUCUCCCAGAGGAGCAGGUUCUCCCAGAGGAGCAGGUUCUCCCAGAGGAGCAGGUUCUCCCAGAGGAGCAGGUUCUCCCAGAGGAGCAGGAUCUCCCAGAGGAGCAGGAUCUCCCAGAGGAGCAGGUUCUCCCUGAGGAGCAUGUUCUCCCUGAGGAGCAUGUUCUCCCUAAGGAGCAGGAUCUCCCAGAGGAGCAGGUUCUCCCCGAGGAGCAGGUUCUCCCAGAGGAGCAGGAUCUCCCAGAGGAGCAGGAUCUCCCCGAGGAGCAGGUUCUCCCAGAGGAGCAGGUUCUCCCAGAGGAGCAGGAUCUCCCAGAGGAGCAGGUUCUCCCUGAGGAGCAGGUUCUCCCUGAGGAGCAGGAUCUCCCAGAGGAGCAUGUUCUCCCAGAGGAGCAUGUUCUCCCAGAGGAGCAUGUUCUCCCAGAGGAGCAGGUUCUCCCAGAGGAGCAGGAUCUCCCCGAGGAGCAGGUUCUCCCAGAGGAGCAGGUUCUCCCAGAGGAGCAGGAUCUCCCAGAGGAGCAGGUUCUCCCUGAGGAGCAGGUUCUCCCUGAGGAGCAUGUUCUCCCAGAGGAGCAUGUUCUCCCAGAGGAGCAUGUUCUCCCUGAGGAGCAGGAUCUCCCAGAGGAGCAGGAUCUCCCAGAGGAGCAGGUUCUCCCAGAGGAGCAGGUUCUCCCAGAGGAGCAGGUUCUCCCUGAGGAGCAGGAUCUCCCUGAGGAGCAUGUUCUCCCUGAGGAGCAUGUUCUCCCAGAGGAGCAUGUUCUCCCAGAGGAGCAGGAUCUCCCAGAGGAGCAGGUUCUCCCAGAGGAGCAUGUUCUCCCAGAGGAGCAGGAUCUCCCAGAGGAGCAGGAUCUCCCAGAGGAGCAGGUUCUCCCAGAGGAGCAGGUUCUCCCAGAGGAGCAUGUUCUGCCUGAGGAGCAUGUUCUCCCAGAGGAGCAGGUUCUCCCAGAGGAGCAGGAUCUCCCAGAGGAGCAGGUUCUCCCAGAGGAGCAUGUUCUCCCAGAGGAGCAGGAUCUCCCAGAGGAGCAGGAUCUCCCAGAGGAGCAUGUUCUCCCUGAGGAGCAUGUUCUCCCAGAGGAGCAUGUUCUCCCAGAGGAGCAGGAUCUCCCAGAGGAGCAGGUUCUCCCAGAGGAGCAUGUUCUCCCAGAGGAGCAGGAUCUCCCAGAGGAGCAGGAUCUCCCAGAGGAGCAGGUUCUCCCAGAGGAGCAGGUUCUCCCAGAGGAGCAUGUUCUGCCUGAGGAGCAUGUUCUCCCAGAGGAGCAUGUUCUCCCAGAGGAGCAGGAUCUCCCAGAGGAGCUGGUUCUCUCAGAGGAGCAUGUUCUACCAGAGGAGCAGGAUCUCCCCAGAGGUGCAGGAUCUCCCAGAGCGAGCAGGUUCUCCCAGAGGAGCAUGUUAUGCCCUGAGGAGCAUGUUUCUUCCCCCUCUGAGGAGCAGGGUUCUCCAGAGGAGCAGGUUCUCCCAGAGGAGCUUGUUCUCCCAGAGGUGAAGGAUCUCCAGAGGAGACAGGUUCACUCCCAGAGGAGCAUGUUCUCCCAGAGAGCAGGUUCUCCCAAGAGGGAGCCAGGUUCUCCCAGAGGAGCGGUUCUCCCAGUGGAGCAGGAUCUGCUGAGGAAGCAGGAUAUCCCUAGAGGCAGAAGGAUACUCCCUGUGAGCGGUUGUUUCUCCCAGAGGAGCAGGAUCUCCCAGAGGAGCAGGAUUCCCAGAGGUGCUGGAGUCGCCAGAGGAGCUUUGCAGGCGGCAGCAAGACCGUAUUGA